UUGACAUUUGACAUUUUAACAGUAAUCUUGCCUUUUAUUUUGAAUUAUUAAAUUGUGUGAAAUUUAUUUAAUUAAACAAUAACAAUGAAUAAUUUUGAAUAGGGCCACAUAGAGUCAUUAAUAUAGUUUCUUUUUAUCUAUUUCACGAAGUAUUUAGUGCAAUAUCCUUGUCUGAAAAAAAUAAAACAGCAUCGUAGUAAUUUGCGUGGGUUUAAACUGAAAAUCUGUAACUAUGAAGCCGGGUAAGAGUGAGGGAGUAAAGGAGGAGAUAGCUGAAGUGCAUUCGAGUGGUCGCUCCCCAUCUCCAAAGCAGAAAAACAAGCAAAGAUCGCGAAGUCGCUCAGGUUCGCGAAAGCUAUCAAACGGACAUGCCGUGGACCCCGAACCUUCAGAGACAAAACCAUCGCAGGAUGAAAUCGACAAAUCCAAACGAGACAGCUGGAUAAAGUCGGAACAUGAGUCUUUGGACACGGAGCUACCCAUCCAUGACCAAAUCAAACAAGGAAUUCUGGGUUUUGUUGAGAAAGAAAUUAAGAAGUCAGAUAAGAAUCCCUCUUUUGUUUUCUAUUCCCAUGAUCCUAACGGUCUUGAGGAGAAGUUUAUGAAGACGUUGUCCAGACCAUCUAGCGGACAUAAAGAGAAAAGGAGUCCAUCAUAUAGGAAGAAGAAACGGCAUUCGUCAAAGCACAGGGAUAGAGAUUUGCAUGAUUUUGACAUACCAGGCUCCAGUCUCAGUGCGUUGGAGAAGGUGGAUGAUUACCUGAAAGAGUACAAUAAAGACGAAGUGGUAACACUUAGUGGUGAGUUAGAGAUAGAAGCAAAUGAUGUUGAGAACAAUAACGGAACUUGCAAGGACCUUCGUUACAAACCACGCAAGACUAGACGAAAAACCAGAGAUGAGAGACAAGAUGCCAAUGCUAAUGGCAGAGAUGUCAGCCCUAAAGUGUUCAAGAGUGGGAGUAAGAGUAAACAGGGGAGUAAACCAGUCCGGCCAUCAGAUCUCUCUGCCAUGCUUGAAAGUUUGGAAUCCAGUAUGCCAUACCAUGAUCAGUACAUUGACAAUCCAUUCUCAUCACCCUCACCACUCACAUCACCAAAUGAUGAGCGACUGGACCCAUUUAGAGGACGGAGACCAGAGAAAAUUUACUUACAAGGCGGUGGGACCUUCACAGCUGUGUCAAGAGAUAGGAUAUUGGAGUCUCAACAAAGUAGGGAUGGGGAUAAAUAUUUAAGGUUAGGAGACUUCACUCCGUUAGAUGUGGCUUUAGCUCUCCAGAAAGCGUGGCGAUGCUGCGCGCCAGCAUGCCAUGGAGUUCUUGGAGGGCUGUCCCUGAUGCAUCUCCUACUGAUCAGCUACUCAGAUGGGCUGGAUGCUGGUCAUCUAUCCUUUCAUGCUGUGGUCACCAUGCCUUAUGUAGCAGCAUAUUAUUUCUUUUGCGUUAUGUGUCUGCUGUCUGUUCUGGAUAGGCUGGAUGUCACGAGUCUAGACUUGACACGCGGUUUUCAGCCGUAUUUCCAGCCGGUGGUGUUGGUUAUCCUCUACAUGGCAUGCCUGCUGGUGUGCACAGCGGCACGCAUGUACGAUGAGCUGAUGGUCUAUCAAUACACUCCUCUAGUCUUCAACGUCACAGCUAAUGUUACUACUCCACCAAUACCAACCUUCUACCACACAUGGACACACUUUUCAAUAUGGCGCGCGGUUCUUUCGAUCCUCGGUCUGGUGUACUUCAUAAUAUCCAGCCCCCAAGACCUGGUGUACAAUAACCUGAGCAAACUGCUGCAGUUCAAGCAUUCCUUGCAAAGUAUUGGAUGAUUAGGCUGCUCCCAUGGUGUCUGGUAUGACACAGGGCGGAAAUAAGUGAUGGCGGAGGAGGGGAGGGGCUUAAGUGGGGGUAAUAUAGUGAAUGUUGUGUGUGCGUGUGUUGUAAUUCAAAUAAUAUACACUAAACAAAGUCUUGAUCCUACCAAUCAUAGUCUUGAAUUUAAAUUAUAUAUUGAAUCUGUAAAUCGUUAAGUAGAUAUUGUUUAUUGGCAGUAUGUCGUUGAGGACUAUAUUUCAUGUUAUUUACUUUUUUUGUAGACAUUUCAUACAUGGCUAUAGAUAAAAAAAAAUCUAUAGAAUUUGUAAGUGGAUGUUGUGCGUGCCUGAUUGUGAUUGUCUCGAGGGAUGUGACCUCCUAUGGUCCAGAUUCGUCUCUGGUUUAACAAUAAAUCUUGGUGUGAUUGACUUAUACUAUGGGAAAUAAAAUAAAUAGUAUUAAGUCAUGUUUGUAAGUUAAGUUAUGUAAGUAUAAGCUUGAUCAGGAAAAUAGAAAACUUGCUUUAGCACUUUUCUUUUUCGAUUUAAAGUUUAUGUUGUUGGUACAAUAAAUUAGUUCUAUAUUUAAAUGACGAGAUUUUCGAUUUUCCUGGUCAGGUUAUAGUUCUAAAUUUAUUGUUGUGAUGUCUACGAUAAUAAUUUUCGAAAUCCAAAGAUCGAGUAUUACCGGGAAGGGUUUACAGAAAGUUUCACAGAAGUCUUGAAUUUCUUUUGGAAGCCCUUAAUAGUCAUUAAUGAAUUAUUUUUUUCAUUCCUAUAACAGUGGAUGCCAAAACUAUAACAUUCCUACAUUUAUAAAAAAUAAAUCUUACGAGCAUGAGACAUGAAAAAUGUCUAUUACAAAAUACGAUACAAAAUAUCGAAUAAUAAAUCCAUUCCAGAAUCCAUUUCUAGUCAUUUAAAGUAGAAAUAAAGAAAGCUAUAAGGUUGCUUUCCCACCAAAGAUAUGUUACGUCGUUAAGCUACGUAUGUGUCGCAAAGUGCCCAAUAAUAUCGUGUAUAGAACGCUAAGAUAGGUUUUUUCUUCCACAUGCUAUCGCAUUGCAAUGUGAACUCUACCUAGAUACGUUUAAAGUAUAGUGCAGGAAGGUUUUAGCUUAUUUUUAUGACUGACUGGCUUAAGACUAAAAUCAAACAGGCCAGAAUAACUAUAUAUUUAUAACAGAUUGUUUUUUAUGACUUGCUGGCCGGCUGCCCGAAGAUAACAAUCAAACAGGCUUCUGGUUCAGGUUAACGAUAAAUUUGUAACAGAUUGUUUUAAGCUUCCCUAGCUGUUGUCACCUAUCCUAUAAAAUAGCGUAGCCCUGCCCUUUGUUGGCCACACAUUUAUACUAAAAUAUAUGUGUUGUACUAUUAACUUAGUAAAACAACAGAUUUGAUCUGCUAAGUUAUAAAUAUUUUCCAAUUUGACACAUAAUUAGGGUAACAACGUUGCACAUGUGUGGUGGAAAGUCUGCCUUAUAUUUUUUCUUUCUAAAUAUAAGCCAUUUUGUACAUAUACGUUUAAGAAAACUGUAAACAAUAAUAAAUUAAAUAAGUAUACAAUAUACCUACAAUAUUAUCACGCUUUUUCUUCCGUUAGCUAAAUUAGAAAAAGAGUAUUUACACUAAAUAACUAUAAUAUUUUUAUAAAGCUAGGCGUAUUUGGACUCAAGAUAAAAACGUGUAAAAUUCCUAUGAACUAGUCAGAAAAUAUUAUUUUAUCCCAAAAUCUAAGCCUAGCAUAAAUUAAGCUUAUACAAAAAUACACAUAUCAUAUUUUUUUCUUUAUUUUAAAUAAUAUACUGAACGUAAUUCAACGUCCAAUUUGUUAAUAAAAAAAUCAUACAAUUUCAAUAACAUUUAUUGUAUUAUUUCGUUCGAUGAUUUACACAUAAUAAAUAACAUAUCAUAUCUAAUUAAUAGAGUUAUUAUAAUUUAAAGAAUAAGCACGUAUGUUUGCAAAGCUGUCAAAUUGGCAAGCUUUAAUCAUAACAUAUUGAUAUUGCACGUUAAAGGGUUUAUUUGAGUUAAUAAAUCUUUUUAAUUAUUUCCUUAUUAUUCUUGCAAUUCUUUUCUGUUAUGUAAUUUUGUUCGUAUAAUGUAAUAACUACUUAUAAAAUUCGAAUGCUUAGAUAUCUUAAUAAAAAUGGUCCUUCGCGUCGGAUUCCUUGAUUCAUUACUUUAAAAAAAAUUUCAAGCACUUUUAUUUUUAAGCCAACAUUUACAAAUAAUAUUUCUCAGCACAAACACAACCGCAAUAUUUAAUUUAUUCUAUAGAACUUAAAUAUUUCUUGUUUUAUUAUAAGCAAUUAAGGCAGCUACUUACAUAAGUAAAGUAUGUUUAUAAUAUAAGAAAAUUCCCAUUAGUAAUAUUUUGACAUAUAAUAUAUUUGAGAGUGUCUAUAUUAUCUACUAUAUUAAAUGGAUACAUGCCUUUAAGAUUAAGAAACUUAAAAGACAUUUAUCUUUGAUGAUAUGAUGAUGAUGAGAUGAUGACCAAUGAUCAUUCUUUUUAUGCGUACUUGACAUUUCGAAAAAUAUAGUGUUAUUUAUUAUUUCAUAACAAAAAGAAGUUUAAGUUUGGCUUUAAUUUAUUUUAUAUUCUUUGAUUACUAUUCGAUUUAAUUUUUGAAUA